AUGACCAACCAGCCCGGGCAUAAUGACAGCUGGCCAGGUUCACUUUCGGGGUCUCGCGCAGGCCGUGCGCGGGAGGGAGCCGUCCCGGUCCCGCGGCGGCGGGCGCUGCUGCUGCUGCUGCUGCUCGACGGGACCCGGCGUCGCGGCGGGACGGGCUGCAAAGCGAGCAAGCUGUGCUGCUGCUGCUGCUGCUGCUGCUGCUGCAGCAGAGGCAGAGGGAAGAAAAAGUCUCAAAGCCAGGAGAGAAGUGGGGAAGCCUCCGAUGAGAUUCCACCAAAACUGCAAAAUGACAAUCUGCAGGAGGAGGCAAAAACAGAAAAGGUGGAGCUGCUGGAGCAGCACUGCAGGGACAGUGGCCACCCACAAGACCACCAGGAAAAAGGGGAGUGCCUCAGCGAAGCUCCCCCAGCCGAGGCAGAAAAGAAGCCGAACACUCUGCCAGAGCAGCAGCUCUCAGAGCAGAAUGAAAAACUACAGGAGCUCCAGAAGGCGCAUGAGCAAGAGAAGUUGCUCCUGACUGAUUCCUUCCAGAAGUCCCAGGCAUCGCUGCAGGAGACCAUCAAUCAGUUAACUACCCAAGUGAACAGCUAUGAGGAAAAAGUGCGCCGGGCAGAGGAAUCGGUCCUCAACAAAAAUUAUAAGAAGUUCAUUGAGGAUUAUGGAAGCCCAAGCCACUUCUGGGAGCAAGAAAUUGAGAGUCUCCACUUUGUCAUAGAGACAAAGAAUGUAUACAUCCGUAGCUUGGAGAAAAAGCUCCUCAACCUGGAAAUAGUGAUGGAACAGAACUUCACUCUUGAAGCUAAGAUAAAUACUCUGCAACAAGAGAAUGAAGAUCUCCAAGCACGGAUGCAGAACCAUGCAGGAAUGACAAGGCAACUUUCUGAAGAGCUCCUUGCACUUCGUGAGGCCCUGGAGAAGGAGACGCAGCUGAAGGAGCAGGCUUUCCGGGAGAGGGAGCAGCUGCUCUACAGAGCAGGAGGAGCUGCCGAACAGCGAGGCCGCCCGCUCCCCUUCCUCGUGACCUAACACCUGAAGGGCCGGAGAGGUGGGGCAGGGAGAGAUGAUGAGAAGACCUUGCUUCUCUCCUGCCCUUCUCUUGGCAGCUCGGCUUAGAGCUUAGCAUGCAGUGACACUCGGGGGUAAAGAGGCUUCCUGAGGUGCCGCAUGCCUUGAGUCGCUCCUACUGAUGGCCACAGUAUUAGGACACUUGAAAAGGUGGGACUGUCCUGCUUCAGAAGGAGUGGUGCUCUUCCGCCACCUGCCCACUCACCCAAAGAAGGACAGCCUUGAUGCUGGCCAAGGGACAAUGUUCGACCUCUUUACAUGUCAGUCUAUGCAAACAAGCACUGCCUGGAGGCAUUCUGCCCCACCCCAAACCAGGGAGGCCCUAACAUUACCUACCUCAGAUAUUAGACCACAGGAGGGAUGGCGAUGCUCCAGUUACCCUCAGCUAAGUCCUUCUCAAACUGUGGCCACAGACGAGAAGCAGCCAAGGACAAAGGAACGAGGAUACUAAUUGCAUGAAGCAGGCCAGUCCCAGGAGCCGAAUGUAACCCUUCCAGAGCGCUGGUCUGGUUCUCCAAACGGCUACACCCUCUUCCCCUGCCUGCUUGAUGGUUCAGGGGUUUCUGGCCUUUUGUGCAGGUUUUCCCCAUCCUAAAAUCCAGCUCUUGGGUUGAGGCAGAGCAGCAGCCCUGGGCUAGAUCUUGCAGGGGUAAAGUUAAAUUUCUGCAGCUGCACUGAUCUGAGCUGAAAGAGCUAGACCCCAGCUCAGCCAUUUUUGGGUUCCUACAUGCAAUGCUUGGGGGAGUGCAGACAAAGCAUAGACUGGAACUUUUGUAACUGACGUGUGCCUUAGUCUCUGCCACACAGAACCCUCCUCUCCAUGACCAGCUUCCCUGUGGCUGGAAGAGGACUUUAAAAAAUGGCUCAGGAUGAGCAGAAGGCCGGACCACUGCAGGGCACCCUCACCAUGAUGCUGGCUGGCCCCUGCUCACCUGAUUGGAUCAUUUAACCAUCAGCAUGACUGCAUCAGCACAGCAUCUUCCACACAGCGGGGAGAAAACUGGAAGAGCAUUUCUUCCAAUGCCGUUCCUUCCAGAAAUGACGCCAUUUCAACACAAUGUAUUCUGGCUGUUCGGGCAAGUUUUUUCUUUGUCGCAUCAGGUCUGUGACUCAAGAGCAUUUGGGUGGAAAUCCAAGGGAACUGCUUUUCCUUCUAUUCCGUUUUUUGUUUUUGAACCUGACUGACUUGUGAAGCUGACUAAAGGGGCUGCCCUCUGCUGGCUGUGAUGAGAUGCUGCUGGGUACAGAGAAUCAGAAACACUACUAUUGGAAUGUGUAGCUGCAGGCAAAUUGCAGUGGUGCAAAAAGAAGCACUUGGACUGAAACAAAGUAGGUGUGAAAUGUAUGGCUCUGAUGAAGAACCAUUUUAUACUGCCUGCACUGGUGGAAAUGGUGUCCUCUAGUGCAACGUGAACAGAGAAUGUAGUGAACAAACACUGGCUUGUAAAUAGUUUUACACAUUAAAGGAAAGCCAGUAGAUGUCUAGUUUCUAGUGUGGGAAAUGGAACACAUUUCUACAGAGCUGUUGAGCCACCCAACCAAAUAAGGUCCAAGAGCUGUGUGUAGCACUGACCUGUUAGGUCCUUGAUCUUCCCCUGCCCCUGCUUGUGUUUGAAGUACCUAACAAACUGAACAUCAAGCCACACAUUAAAUUAAGCACAAUCAGCCUAACUGGCUGGAGAACAUUGGAAACUGUUGCACUUAUGUUCGUUGCGCAAGAUUGCACAUUUUUGUAUGUAGAAUGUAGCUGAGGAGUAUCUUUUUUACUCAAGAGUAAAUGCAGGUGGCCCUGAUUCAUAUCAGGAUUAGGGUUAGGGUAUGCACUGGAAGGAAAGCGGUAAACUUUUCUGUCCCCAUUGUUUGCUUCUCAAAAGCAACUCAUGUUAAUGGAGGUUGUUUUUCUUUCUUUUUUAAUCCUCACAGGGGGAAACAAAUGGUUUUAAGAGCUUUAAUCCUCCCCAUGUAAGUGUGCAGUAGACCAAAUUCUAAUUGUGGCCACGAGCAUUUACACUACUGGAAAAAGGCAAUCCUCAUCUACAUGCUCUGCAGUUAGAAUAACAAAGUGGCAGAGAGGGCUAUUUUAUAUUUUUGGUACUGUAAUUGUUGCCAACAACAGCUCCCAGCCCUGUGGCUCUAAAGGGUUACUGUCUGUGGGAGGGUCCUAGGUCAGUUGGAGGGCAUGUGGUUUGCAUGCUGCAGGUUCCGAUUCAAUCCCCAGUAUUUCCAGUUCAAGGUAGUUGCUUGCAAAAGAUUGUUGGAGAAAUGCUGCCAGUCAACAAAAACAAUGCUGGAGCAAAUGGACCAGUGGGCUGACCGGACAUUAAGGCAGCUUAAUGUGCUCCCUUAUCAGCCAGAGAGACUGGUCACCCUCUUCCAGUGAACAUACCCCCCUCUCCUGAGCAUAGGCACUUCCAUCUGCUAGGUAAGGGACACGGAAACUUCAGUUCUUACUGAUCAUGACCUGUACUGUUGGUAGUAGAAACAGUUAGAAAAGAAUUUCCGAACAUAAAUGCUACUGUUGUGUGGGGAAAAUGUCCAUGGGAUCCUCCUUGGAAAAUGAACCCCACUAGCAUUUCCUUGCCCAAGAGUGUGUAAAAUUUGGUGCUGGGUCUGAGUAACCCUAAGUGGGAAAAUAAAAGUAAGGAGGUAGACAGUGCCCAGAAGAGAACCCUUCUUGGCUGCAACCCAUCCACAGAGCUAUGUGGCUAGUGGGAUGGGUUAGAAAUCCAAUAAAUAAAAAAUAAAUAAGAGAAGUCCUCAAUAACACUCUUCCUGCAGUCUCAGUGGAAGGACCCACAGUCGCUGACAUGCCCAGAAGCUGCUGGAUCAUUUUAGGGGAGACAGUAAGAAAAGUAUAGGGGCAACAUUUCCUGGGUGAUGAGUUACACUUUGGCUUGUUCUCUUUAUUUGUCAAUUCUAUUGACAAUGGCUACCAUCUGUUUCACAGGAGCCCAACCAGAAACCUUCAGCCCAAAGUCAUUUCUAGAACCAGGCCAACGGUGGGUGAAAAGAAUUCAACCCACAUCUGUGUUCUUCUGAAUAACAGAAUGCAUACAAUGGCAUUCACAUGGACACAUAGCAAAGUGCUCCAUUAACUAUUUUUUUGUUUAGUCACAAAGUCACGCCUGACCCAUCACAACCCCAGGGACAACAUUCCUCCAGACUCUCUGGUCCUCCAGCAUCCCUCCGAGUCCGCCCAAGCCCACACCCACUGCCCCAGUGACUCCAUCUAGCCACUUCAUUCUCUGCCAUCCCCUUCUCCUUUUGCUGUCAAUCAUUCCCAGCAUUAGGGUCUUCUCCAGUGAGUUGUUCCUUCUCAUUUAGUGGCCAAAGUAUUUGAGUUUCAUCUUCACUAUCUGGCCUUCUAAAGAGCAGUCAGGGUUGAUUUCCUUUAAGAUCAACUGGUUUGAUCUUUUUUGCGAUCCAUGGGACUCUCAGGAGUCUUCUCCAGCACCACAAUUCAAAGGCCUUAAUUCUUUGGUGCUCAACCUUCCUUAUGGUCCAACUUUCAUAGCCAUACAUUGCAACUGGGAAAACCAUAGCUUUG